AUGUCUGGAUCACCAAACCCUAGCACCAAACUCAACUCUUUCCCCGAGUUCAUCUCUCCCAUGAGUCCUGUACAAUUCAACAGAAUUAACUCUCAUUUUCCUCCUUUGAAUCCCAACAAAUCUUACCGAGGUGUCUAUGAGCGUUGUGGCUUCGAUGUUUACAAAGCGCCAGCAUCAGCCUCCAGCUCACCAAAUAUCGACAAAUUCCAUAACGAUAACAAGAAGUUCAACAAACCCCCAACUUUAAAACAGCUUUCCAAGCGCCCCAGCUUGCCAGAUAUGAAUGAAAAUCAGCUGUACGCUCCUCCUAACCCACAUAAUCAUACUUUGCGCAAUAAACAUUCGAAUUCCUCCCUCACCUCUUUGCAAAAUGGUAUGAUAUCUCCAAAAUCCCCUUCCAGCGUCGGGUCUCAAUCUAGCAGAUCAUCUCUUCGAAGCGCUUUUUUCAAACCGUUCCGCAAGAAUACUGGCAAUCAAUCAUCAGGUAUCGAUAACCUGUCUUCCCAUGCCUCGAUUUCUACUGCCGGUACCGCACCAUCUAUCGGUGGUAAACUAAAUCAAAAGAUCCCAUUAAGCGCCGGUAACUCCCCGCUUGCUAACGAUUUUCAAAAGCCUUUCCCAUCAAAUGGCUCAUCCCCAAGUCUUAACUAUCCACAGUCUCCUUCAAGCGUCGAAUCAUUUCCAAGGAAUCAUCUCGCUCAAAACCCAAACCAAAAACCUAAAGGUUUGGGUAUCGCGAAAAAUGGUGUUCCGGUCAACAGCGUCAUUAACGGGAACUCUAUCAAUAUGAAUAGUUCAAAGUUCACAGCCGAUAACAAUGGGACAUUUGACAACAACAGCCCUGGUCCAAGAAAUACGAUGGCUGCCCCAGCUCCGCCUUCUACUUCUAGCUCUGCUACGGCCACUCCAGGCUCUCCACGUUUCAAUAAAUCACAUGGAAUAUCAAAUUCUCCACGCAUUGGUGGUCCCGGUCUAGGACCUGCUCCUAACUCUCCAAGGUUUGGUGGGCUUUCCGUGAAUGGUAAUGUUGUGACUGCCCCAAGCUCUCCAGGUUUGAAUUCUGAUAAAAAAAGUAGUAGCAUUGUUUACAAUGGUUAUUUCAACAAACAUAUUAAUCUGGUUAUUGCCUCCCCAAAUUUGAAUAAAGCUAAUCUGUCUCUGGAAGAAUUGUUCAACGCUGACGAUGGCAUGGCGCCUCACGAUAGCAAUCAUGAAACUGUUUCGUCUCUGUCUACAAAUAUUGCAUUUGGUUAUGGUGGCGAAAAUAAUCACGCGACCGACUAUCAAGAUGGUUUCUUGAAUGAUAUCAAACGUCAUUUCUCUAACUCUUCAGACUCGUCCGAUGAUGGCUUUGAAACGAGAAGUGAAAUCAGUGUUGCUGAGAAAAACUCUAAUGAAGAAACUUCCGAUGAAAUUACAGAAACCGCGGCCACUAGUGCCAACAAUAGCGAAAAGAGUCACAACUCUCUCGGUUCUCAUGGAAAUGAGAACCAUGGAAAUGAGAAUGAAGUUCUUGUCACCACUAAUGAUGCCAAAAAUAAGCCUUCGUAUUUGGAUUCUGACGAUGGUGAUGACGACGACAGUUUAUUUGGUGACAUUAGACGUAAUAAUACCACAAAGUCUAAUAAUUCUAUCGUCAACGCCUACGAAGAAUUUGACACUAGUAAAGCCCCAGAAUUGCCAAAGAUCAGUAUUGCUCCAAACAGUGAAUAUGACGAAAGAUAUCAUAUUUCUUCUAAUAGCACAGUCGCUUUUAAGGAUUAUGCCACUGACGACGAUGACAAAAGAUAUAUUUCUUCCAAUAAGACUGUCGCAUUCAAGGAUGAUGUCGCUGGGGAAGAUGACGAUAUGAAAACGGCGGCUGAAAAAAAUCAGGCCAAAUUGAUGAGAAAAUUGACGACCAAGUUAAAUAGAAUUUCAGGGCAAUUUGGCUUAAACUUAGAAAAUAGUACCAAGAAUAAGCAUAACAGUGUUGCAUCUAGUAUUUAUUCAGUUGAUGACUUGGAACAUUCUCCAACUGAAGAGCCUUCCGGAAAGCAGUUGGAAGAAAAUAUCUUUGACAAAGAAAACCUUUAUAAUUCUCCUAUUCCUGAAGACGUGAAGUCACUGGACAGUGAACACUCUGACGAGGAUUUGUUGGAUGAUAUCAAAUCAAUGAAGUCUGCUACUCCAUCUGUAUACUUGCCUCAGGGUCUUCCGGGUCAUGAGUUCAAUUCAUCCAGUGCUCCAGCGUUGCCAACCAUUACAGUCACUGAACAGCACGGCUCACCAGAUGCUCCUAAAGGAGAUGAAACCAGUUUGGCCAAGUCAUUGUUUAGAGAUCUUCAAAAGAAAACAAGUGUUACCACUACCAAUUCUAGCUCUUCCGGCUCAACCAUUCAGUCUGACUCGAUGACUAGUAGUGGCCAGCAAGGUGGUUUCACCAGCUACGAGCAAUAUAAUACUCCAAUUCCUGCGGGCUUUAGUGCCAAUACCACCGCUCCAUUGAACUCUCGCACUGGGUCCUUCAGCAGCAUUUCUCAUAAUAAUAUGGGUAGCGCUUCCAUCACUGCCAAUACUAGCAUGACUAGCCUUGGAAAUGGCAAUAUUGGAUUGAUGAAAUCCAGAAGUCAGAUCAGUGUUGCCUCUGAGCUUAGUGAUUCUCACUUUUCUACUGUUGAUACAAAGGCAGCUAAUAAUACCAAUAAUGGUGGCAAACAUAGUGACGGGUUACAAGGUUUUAUCAAUAGUUCUCAUGGAAGCUUUGGAAGUGAAGGGGGCAUUUUAGUGCCAGGGAAUCCAGGAAGUGGUGCCAAUAGUGAUAUUUCCCGUAGCAACACUUUGGACAGUAUUAAUUCUACUGGUAGUGAUGACUCCAUCCUCAGAAAGAUCGUUAAUAUGGAAGAAAGAGUUGAUGUGAGUGCUCACAGUCAUGGCAGUCAUGAAGAUUACACAAGGGAUACUUUUGAUAUGAUGGCUGAGGAGGAUGUUUCCGAAAAGCCUUUGAAUGUUGGCAGCAAUCCAAACUUGAAUGUUACAAGUGAUGCUAUCUCAAGCUGCAGUACUGUGUCAGGGGCCAAUUCUAUCAAUUCUAUUUCUAACUCAACUAUCGACUUUCAAAAUAAGGAUGUUCCAAUUGCAAAUCGUAUUCAAAUGGGAAGAGUUGAAUUGAAAGAUAUUUCUGAAUUAAAUAAAAGCAACCGAAACUUGAACGAACACCAACAUGAUACCCCAGCCUUAACCCAUCAGAACCACGAUAACGGCUCACUGGUCUCGGUCUCUAACACUAUUUCACUGACCCACAAUACCAGCGUUGAUCAACUGAAUCAAUCUCUUGUGGUUUCUCCACAACAAGUUAUGCACAAAACUCCACAGCAACAGCACCAACAUGUCUUUAGUGAUAAUAUUGGACCUCAAAAAAUAUCAUCAGAUGAAAAAUUUCCUCCUGAUUAUGAGUUACCUUCGCCGUCUUCAAUUGUUUCCCACGUUAGUGAUGAUCCAGAUAUGAAACGUACUAGUGCAGUUACUAUGGAAGAUGACUAUCCACGCUAUCCAUCAGGUGAAGGCCCAUGCCGUAAAUGUGGCCUUGAUAUUACUGGGAAGUCCAUUUGGUCAAAAGAUCACCAAAUGUCUGGUCGUUGGCACCGUGCUUGCUUUAGUUGUUAUAGAUGUGAAAAGGUGUUCAACAAAGGUACCACAUGUUAUGUCAUCAAUGAUAAACCAUAUUGCUACUAUGAUUUCCAUUUCUUGAACCAUUCUCUCUGCAAGAUUUGUGAUGAUGGUAUUGAAGGUAAAUGUCUUGAAAACAAUAAUGGUGAAAGAUUCCAUCCAGAUUGUUUGAAGUGUGUGAAGUGUGGGGUUUUCAUCAUGAAGGAUUACUUUGUUUUGGAUGGUAAACCAUUAUGUGAAAAAGAUGGUCUUCACGAAAUUGAAGUGGAACAGGCAAAUAUGCAAAAUGAUAGGUUACAAUAUGGUUCUAAUGGCGAAGGAGCUGAUAAUGGUGAAUUGAAGGUGACUCUGAAGGUUGAGAAGCGUCGUACAUUUUUAUUGGAGUUACCUGAAACACAACCAAUCUAA